AGACUCCGAGUCUGAGUCUUUCUGCUCUGAGGUGGUGGGUCUUGGCAUAACAAUAUAUACUAUAUAUAUACAUACAUAUAUAUGUCUUUUUAUAUAUAUAUAUGUAUGUAUACAAAUGUACUCUUGGUAACGCUCUUUUCAGCCCCUCGCGCAGUUUCACGUUGUACGUAGUCUUCGGCGGUUGAUGCACGUGUCACGCGGUUCACUCCGUUAUUAUCGUUGACAUUUGACGAGUUUAUUUAUGUUUAUUUAAAUGUAAAUUAUUUUUAAAAUACUGACUGAAUUUUAACAAUAAUCGUGCCAAUAAAAUAAAUUUAUGUUGUGAAAAUACAGUAGUAAUAAUUAUGUGAACAGAGUCAACGCACAAACAGAUAACAUACCCGAGUAUUGUCAAGAGCGAGGGGUUUUGUAUAAAUGAAUGACAAACAAUAAACAAUACUGCGAUAAAAAGCUAAUGUAAUAGGAACGAUAGCAGAGUCAAGGAUGAAGAAUAUAGUUGAAUUUCAGCUAGCAUGACUAAAAAUAUUACGAAAGCCAUUUGUGUCUUUCUGCUGAUCUUGGAUAUUCUGCAGGCAGUUACACUUGUCAAUCAUUACCCCGACGAUGAUUAUGUCGUUGAACACGAGGUCUCUUAUCACGAAGCCAUUGCAAAUGCCAGAAAUCUCACCAUUUCUACAGGUCCCAUUCCUGGAUGUAAAGCAUGCACGAACGAAGAGAUGACCUACUGCAAAGACGGAAGUGUUAUUAGUGAUCAUUGUUGUUGUGACAGUAGUUACAAUAAAGUUAUUCCGUUUGUGGAACAUACUUGCCGAAUAGGAAGACAAGCGUGUAAACCUAUAGCCGAAAACUGCGCAGAUUACGAGAGGCUGAGGGACUGCUGUUGUCUUUCUUACUUGGGUUCUGUGUGGAAGUAUAGAGCCGGUGGAAGUGUCAACGUAAAACCAAGUCUAUUAAUAACUGCAGGAGCUUUAUCGAUACUUCAUGUAUGCCAUAAGAUGUACAAUUAAAUAUUAAAUUAUGUACUUUAAGCCUAAACGUAUUUUGUAAAGCAUGCCUUUGAUGUAAUAAAUUAUUUUUUCAGUACAACUGUUCGUAAUUUAGAAUUUAAAAUAAUUUAAGCUGCAGUUUAUUUUAAAUAAAUAUUUCCAUGGGAAAUAUAAUUCUAAAAAAAUUUUAAUCGUCAGUUCUGUAUAGAGUUUUGAUGAAUUUCAUUUUUCAAAACUUUUGUAGAUACUGGACACAUAAAGUGCAUGAAAAUUGCAAUUGCGUGACAAAUCUACGAGCUAUUGUCUGUUAUCAUUGCGCCACUACACGAGGAUGUUACAAUGACACGAGACAUCGAAAAUACCUGAGAAUAUCUUGUAAAAAAAUGACUAAUUUAUAGAAGUUACAUAUGAGAACUCGGUCAAAUUGAUUAUACUAUUAUCAAAAUAUAAAUGAUAGUAAUUAAUAUAAAUGAAUAAAUGUUAUAAUAAUAUUAAUAAUAAUAUUUGAAUAAUUGCAUUACUGUGAAAGAUUAAAAGAAAAUAUAUUUUCUCACGAUACAAUUCAUUCAAGUGAUAUAUAUAUAUAUUUUUUAUUAUAGUAAUAAAACAUUGAAUUAAUCAUUAAAAGGGGUAAUGAAUGAUGAUUGCUAAAAUGUCUUGGGUCAUUUGAUGUAUUAACGAAACCAUGUCAGAUAAAAUAAAAAUGAAAUGCAUUGAUGAGUUCA